UCUAUCUUCUUUAUUCGUCAUUCAAAGGACAUAAUGUACUUCUUGAAAGUUAAUUAGUUUUUUAUUGGUUUACAAAGUUGAGUUAAGGGCCUCUCAUAAACCGGUAUCCGUGAGUUUUAAAACUCGUGGCUUUCCUUAGUUAAAAAUACAGAGAACCAUGAAGUGUUUGGGAAUUUGCAUCACCUUGAGCGUCAUAGCCCUAUCCACAGCAACCAUCUUGGAUUACCAUCCACUCUCUGAAGAGAGAAUCGCCCAAAUCAACGAAAAAGCAAAGACAUGGAAGGCUGGCAAGAACUUCGAAAUUGAAGACUGGGAAACCGUCAAGAGGAUGGCCAAUGGUGUCCGCCCCGAUGCACUGCUCAGGAGGAGGCAUUAUUCAGCUCCCCAUGACAUCAGUGAGGAGAUUCCUGACACUUUCGAUGCCCGUGAGCAAUGGCCUAACUGUAUUUCAAUUCCAACUGUUUGGGAUCAGUCCGACUGUGGAUCUUGUUGGGCAAUCGCAACCGCAGCGGCUAUGUCCGACCGGGUCUGCAUCCAAUCCAACCAAACCAAACAAACUUUCGUCUCUGCCGAAGAUCUCAACAGUUGCUGCGUCGUAUGCAGCGACGGUGGCGACGGCUGUGGAGGCGGCUAUCCCGAGGAAGCUUGGGCCUACUGGCAAACACACGGUAUCGUAACCGGAGGGCUAUACCAAGGCAACCAAGGUUGCAAAGACUACACCCUGGCACCCUGCGAGCACCACGUCAACUACACCACCAGACCCCAAUGCGCCGAUCUUAACUACGUCACGCCGAACUGCUCGAGAACUUGCUCGGAGGAGAGCGGCUUGAACUACACCGAAUCGAAGACUUAUGGUCAAACGCCUAUUUUCUUGGCAGAGGAAUUGCAGAUUCAAUUGGAAAUUUUAAAAAAUGGACCUGUCCAAACUAGUUUCUUUGUUAUGGAUGAUUUUCCCAACUACCAGUCUGGUGUUUAUGAAGCUACUAGCAUUAACUGGAUUGGAAACCACGCGAUGAAGAUCUUAGGUUGGGGUGUGGAAAAUGGUACCAAGUACUGGUUGAUCGCCAACACCUGGAACACCGAUUGGGGUCUAGACGGUUACAUCAAAUACAUCCGUGGAACCGACCAUUUGUAUAUUGAAAGUAGUGUAGUUGCUGCCUUACCCAAAGCGUAGAUUUAUAUGUAAAUAACUAAUAAAUUAUUAUGAAUAAGCAAAA